GCCGGCCGGACUUCAUUCCACAGAUGUGCUUUAACAAAGUGUGAAGCUGAACUCUGAGCUGUGACAGUGUGAGAGUGUCAGUAGAUGAUCAGCAGAGGAAAGUGAGAGCUGCUGUGAGCUGAUGUCCUGAAGGGCUUUUAAAGAGUCUCUGAGUUUGACAGGAACAUGAAGAUGUUUGUGGUGUUUGUGAUCCUCCUGCACAUUUCCCAGCAUGACUCAGCUGCUUUGGAGAUCUAUGAGGGGGACUCGUUCCACCUGCCCUGUGAAUUUGACACUUUCGAUAUGAGUGACCCCACAGUGGUGUGGAGUCGCUCCGACCUCAGUCCUCCAACCGUCCACCAGCGUCAGCUUCUUGGAGAUGAACUGAAAGAUCAAAACCAGCGUUACAGCGGCCGAACAUCCAUGAAGACUGACGCUCUGGAAACUGGAGACCUCAGCCUGACCCUGACUGACCUCCAACUGUCUGACAGCGCCACCUACACCUGCUCCGUCAGAGACCCUAUAUUUGGCUAUGAGAGACUAGGAGAUGUGCAGUUGCAGGUCAAAGAACGGUUUCCAUCCUGGGCCAAAGCUCUCCUGGUUCUCCUGGUUCUUCUUGUGGUUUCUGGAGGUCUUUUAUUUCAUUUUCGGCACCAUUUUAAGUCUGUUUACAAUGUGGAGGUGGAUUCAGGGGUGGAGUCUGUCCAGCUGCCCUGCAAGACCACAGUUUGCCUGCCCAAAGACGCUAAAGUGGAGUGGACUGAUGGUUACAGGAAAGUCCACGUGUAUGAGAAUGAUUCUGACCAGCCUGAAGAACAGCAUCCAUUUUACAGAGACCUAAUCAGAAUGAAGAGAAACUUGCUGAAAAUUGGAGACCUCAGUCUGACCCUGAAAUACCCUACACCUGAAGAACAGAGCGAGUUUUAUAGAGACAAAACGAAGAUGAAUGAAAACCUGCUGAAAACUGGAGACCUCAGUCUGAGGCUGAAAUACCCCUCAGACUAUGACAACAGGACCUACACCUGCACCGUCUACAACAGAGAGGGAACUAUCCCGCUGAAGAGAAAGGUGGAGCUGAAAGUCCGAGGUAGACCACCUGGGUUGGUGAUCCAUUGGGCCUCCCCAAAGGACAAUAUUAGGAGUCACAGGGACCAUAGCGAACACAUCUACAUCUAG